UUCCACUCCACCAAGUAUAGCUCCUCCCCAUUCAAAAAAGAAAAGGUGUAGCUCUUCUGGUGCCAUGAGAUUCCCUGUCUUCUCCAAAGGCUCACAUGCUUUCUCCUCCUCUCUCUAAAGGUUGACCUCUGUAGAGAAUCGUGGAGCUUGUUCACAAGCAACAGAGAGAGAGAGGGAGGGGGGGAGGGAGGGAGGUAGGGAGAGUUGGGCCAGUGGGUGCUUGUUGUUGCUUUGUGGGGGGAGAGAGAGCUAGUAUAUCGGAGGAUAUGGAUAGGGGGCUCGUCCACGGAUCAUCACCACUGGUGGGGGAGAUGGGGGAAGGCCAUGGAUGGCGGAGCAUGAAUAAUUUGAGGCCUCCCUUUGAGCAGAACAAUCCUUCUGUUUCCUUGGCCUCCACCAGCACAUCAAUCUGCUCCUCCCCGAUCAAUUCGUUUUCGUCUCUGCUCCUCUCGAAUCACUAUCCACUGCCUACAAACAGCACUGCGCCUUGGCACGACAGCAGCAACAGCAAUCAAGUUCUUCAGCUCCAAGAUCCAUGGAACCACUUCAUGGCAACAAAUGGUCAAUUAGCAAAUGAUGAGGUGAGGCACAAAGCUUUGGAAGGCCAGGCGUUGUUUCCUGCUACAACCACCGGAGAAGGGGAAGAAGGUGAUGGGAGCAGCGCCGCCGGCCACAUCUACAGCAACACCGCUCGGCAUGGGAGCAGCCUAGCUGGUGAUGAGUUCCAAUUGGCAAUGUCCUCUCCAUCUCCAUGGUCCAGGGGUGUUCAGCACUACCACAACACCCUGCAGCAGCAAGCUUCCUCCAUCACCUCCACCACCUCCCUCGGAAACAACAUGUUGGACUUCUCAAACAACGGCUCGCCACGUGAGUGCACGAGCACAGCAUCUGGAGCAGCUUUCAAGAAGGCUAGGACCCAAGAACCCUCCCCGGCUCAAUCUACUGUUAAGGUGAGAAAGGAGAAGCUAGGGGAUAGAAUAACUGCCCUUCACCAGCUCGUCUCCCCAUUUGGGAAGACUGACACUGCGUCUGUACUCCUUGAAGCCAUUGGGUACAUCAGAUUCCUACACGGUCAAAUUGAGGGCCUGAGCUCGCCGUACCAGCCGGGCGGCGGCGGCGGCGGCGACGGAGGAGGGGGCUCCGGCGGCUCCAAGCAGCGGCACCAGGCCAGCGUGCAACAGAGAGAAAGGAGCAGCAUAUUUCCUGAAGAGCCUGGCCAGCUGCUACAUGGCAAUGCCACGAGGAAGAGAGGAGCCCCCGACCAGGAGGAUGGAGACGGCGGCGAGGAAGCUAAGAACGAUCUGCGGAGCAGGGGGCUCUGCCUCAUCCCGUUGAGCUGCGCGCCGGACUUCGGCGCCGACGUCGGGCCGGCUGACUACUGGACGGUGGCGCCGCCUUUCGGGAUGGGGUUCGGCCGGUAGAUGAACGGGGUUAGUGAUCAUGCAAGCGGCCGUCCGAGCUGCCGGGAGCCGGCCAUGGAGGGUCCGUAUGGGAGUGCCAGGAUACAUACCUGCUGCCUUGCAUGCAUGCAUGCAUGCAUGGGCUGCAUUGCGCGCGUCGACAGCAUACCCAUGCCGCUGAAAAAUUGUUGAUGUGCAUUCGUCUGCUGGUGAAUGAUGAGUCCACGUCCAAGAGAGGAUAGUGUACGUAACUGGUACGUAGUUUGCGACCUGGUUAGAACCACCUUCGGAAGUCUUGUAAGUGAGCAUGCAAGCAUGCGUCUCACCUGCUCGCAUGUCUGGAUUGGUCUGGUUGGAUGAUGUAUAAUGUGUAUCCCCUGCUUAACUAGUGCAAUGUGCAACAUUUAACAAAGAAUUUCAUAUGUA